GUAACAGGUGGCAAGUACAUUAUCCGCCCACGUGUUCCACCACGUUCUGUAUCUAGCAAGUCGAAUAUGGAAAUCUGCAUCGACAGUGUAGACUCUGCGAGGAAUGCUAUUACUGGUGGAGCUUUUAGGUUAGAAUGCUGCGCAGCUCUCUCCGAAGGAGGACUGACUCCUACUCCAGGGAUGAUAAAGCAGAUAAGAAAGUCUUCAGACGUACCGAUGUAUGCUAUGAUUCGAUCGAGAACUGGCAAUUUUGUUUACUCACAAGAAGAAAUGGAUGUCAUGCUGUAUGACUUGAAAUUGUUGAAAGAACUCGGUGUUAAUGGAUUCGUCUUUGGGGCAUUAACGGAAGACGGUGAGAUUGCUACCGAGCCUUGCAGGGAAAUUAUUUCUGCUGCGUCUCCGUUACCAGUUACAUUCCAUCGAGCAUUUGACGAAACGAUGAAUCCUUUGAAAUCGUUAAACACUGUCAUCGACCUGGGAUUUGAGAGGAUAUUAACAUCCGGACAGAAGAGUUCAGCUCUGGAAGGAUUGGAAUUAAUCAAACAACUGAUACACCAAGCUCGAGGGAAGAUAAUAAUAAUGCCAGGGGCCGGAAUAACAAAAGACAACAUUCUUCAUAUUAAAACCGAAUCCAGUGCGAAGGAGUUUCACACAUCGGCAAGGAAACGUGAAGUGACUCGAGAUAACAGUGGAAAAUUCAAAAUUGGACCCGAUGCUUUAAUAACCGACGAGUCUUUGGUGAUGGAGAUGACUCGGAUAGUAAAAACGUGUAGAAAAAUGUGAUAAUAAAUAAUCAAUGUGUCUUUACGAUGUACUCUCGCUGUGAAAUUAAAAACAAAUCCUGUGACAAAAAUGUGAAGAACUUUGGACUAAAGUAUUCGGUGCUGUUAAAUGUACUUGUUGGGAGACUCUACCGAGUUUCCUGAUUCGCAGGAAAUAAAAAGAGGUUAAGGUCUCCAAGAGGUGGUCGAACUCGCGGUUUCGUUAAUUAAUUGGCGACCACAGCACUAAUUGCGUCCCGACCGAGUAUUAAAUUGAAUUGCGAAUUUAAUUGGCGACGUCUAUUGUUAUUCUCGUUAUUCGAGACCGAAAACUUCACUCUCCGAUACUUCAGACUCUAUGCUUCGUCCCGGAAGCCAUGAAAGAUUCAAAGGUAUCGGAAAAUGUGCCAACGACGGUCGCCGUUAAUUAUUCC